AUGGCGAAAAUAACUGCCUUAAACCGCCAAAAGGGCGCACUAAAAACGCAAGUAACUAAAUUAGGACUAUUCUUCGAGGACAAAGAAUGGACAUUUUCAAAAAUUGAACUGGAUAUUAAACUUAAAGCCUUGAAAAGAAUUCAAGAAAGUGCUUCAGAAUUGCGUUCUCAGUAUUAUCAGCUAAUUGAAAAAGAUGAAGAUUUGCCUCCAAUUGAAAAGGAUCUCGAUGAAUUAGAAUCGAAAACUGAAGAAUUAGAGGUAAGAAUUUAUACAUUUCUUUCAACGCAUGAAGAAAAUAAUUCUACCAAUGAAAGUAAAAACAAUGCAUUAGUUAGAUUACCGGAACUUUCGAUUUCAAAGUUUGCAGGUAAAAUUGAAGAAUGGAACAAUUUUAAAAUGCAAUUCAAUAGUAUAAUUAAUAGUAACAACCAAUUAUCAGAUGUACACAAACUUCAAUAUUUGCAAUCUUGCUUAGUCGGUGAAGCAAAACAUUUAAUGUCAGCUGAAGACACUUACGACUCAUUAUUUAAAGCUUUAGACGAAAGAUAUGAAAACGAAAGAAUAAUUGUAGAAACACACGUAAAUUCUAUUCUUAAGUAUUCUAAAAUUCAGCAACAAUCUACUAAAGAACUUAGACAUCUAAUUGACACUAUUAAUAAAAAUAUUCGUGCCCUUAAAGUCCUCAAAUAUGAGAGAAAUCAUUUAAGUGAUAUUUUAUUGAUAAAUAUCAUCUUAGAAAAACUAGACAUAGAAUCUCGCAAGCAAUUUGAGCUAAACGCAAGCUCCAAAGAAGUUCCGAAACUGGAAGAGCUUCUAUCAUUUUUAGAAAAAAGGUGUCAAGUUUUGGACAAUGUAUCGAGGAAUGUUUAUCAUAAAACCUCAAAAAAUGUGUCAGAACAAAAAUUUAACUCAAAAUCGUUAAUGAUAAAUAGUGAUAAAAAUUUGUGCAUUUUAUGUUCAUCUCCCGAUCAUGCAAUAUUUAAAUGUAAGCAGUUUUUACAGCUUAAUGUUCAAGAAAGAUGGAACACAGUAAAGAGACAUAAUUUAUGUACUAACUGUUUAAGCUAUCAGCAUCAACUUAAUUCAUGUAAAUCCAAACAUUUCUGUUUUACUUGUGGGAAAAGGCAUAACAGCUUAUUGCACAAAGUCAGAGAGACUACGAAACCCACACCCCCUCUCCAGUCUUUGGAUACAAUUGAAAAACUGCAGUUCCCAGACAAUGCCCCUGACAAUGGUUCUCCCGCUGUCCAAGACGUUAGGACUUUCGCUGGCUACACUCCCUCAGCAGAGCGAAAUGGGAUUUUGUCAACUGCACUUGUUUCAGUUUUAGAUGCUUCUGGAAAUCCAGUUAUUGGACGUGCUCUCCUAGAUUGUGGUUCCCAAAGCAGCUUCACUACAGCUGCAUUCGCUGAUUUAUUGAAUUUAAGGAAAGAAAGAAUUACUGAUGUCAUCCCAUCCUAUGUCAUAUGUACAAAAAAUAUGACAUUGCCUCCAGGCGUAAUCUUAGCAGAUCCGGGUUUUGGCACUCCAAAUAAAAUUGAUUUAUUAAUUGGCGCAGAGUUGUUUUGGGAAAUCAUAAAAACUGGACAAUUUCGAACCCCUUCACCGGAUUUAAGAUUUCAAGAGACAGUUUUUGGCUAUAUAGCUACUGGAACAAGCACAAGCGCAUCCGAAUUUAAAUUUUGUGGUUUUGUUAAAGGUUUGGACUCUCUUGAACAAAGUAUUCAGAAAUUUUGGAACAUUGAAAACGUGGAAGACGAUAAACGCAUCAUUAGCGAUGAAGCGAAAUUUUGCGAAGAAUAUUUUACGUCAACGUAUAAUCGAGAUAAUGACGGUAGAUUCAUUGUUUCUAUGCCUCUUAAAGAAGAACCUUCCUGCUUAGGAGAUUCCAGAGCCAAUGCAGAACGAAGACUUGAAAGCCUUUGGAAGCAAUUGAAAAACAAACCAACAAUGAUGCAAUUAUAUCAAAACUUCAUGCAAGAAUACGAAGAUCUGAAUCACAUGGAAGUUAUCUCAGAUGAAGAUAUCAAGGAAAAAUCUUAUUAUCUGCCGCAUCACGGAGUAUAUAAACCAGAAAAUCAGACAACUCCAUUACGUGUCGUCUUCAACGCAUCGGCCGCAACAACUUCUGGAAAAUCCCUUAACGAUAUUUUAUUGAAAGGUGACGUCCGAGAAGAUAUUUUUGACAUAAUGGUUAGAUUUCGCAAACAUAAAUACGCAUUCAUAGCCGAUAUUAAGAAGAUGUACAGGCAAAUUGGAAUUCAUCCAUCUCAGCAAAAUCUCCAAAGAAUUUUGUGGAAAAAGACGGCAGAAGACCCUGUUCUCACAUUUAAGUUAAAGACUGUAACAUACGGGACAUCAAGUGCCCCUUAUUUAGCUAUUAGAACACUUCAACAACUUGCAUAUGAUGAAGCAUCAAAAUUUCCUCUUGCGUCUGCUGUAACUCUAAGUGAUUUCUAUAUGGAUGAUGUGGUAUCAGGAGCCUCAACCAUUAAGGAAUUUGAAGAGGUCCAAAAACAACUUUUGGAAAUGUUUAAAACCAGUGGCAUGUUUUUUCAUAAAUGGAGCUCAAAUGUCAGCAAUUCCAUUUUUAAUUCGGCUGGAGAAAAUCAUAGUUUUGACGAGAAAUCGGAAAAUGAGAAAAAAGCUUUAGGGAUAAAUUGGAACCCAACAGAAGACAAAUUUUCCUUCAAGGUUUCCUUGAACCCCAGGAUAAGUUACACCAAACGAGACGUUCUAUCUGACAUUGCAAAAUUGUAUGAUCCUCUUGGCUUAAUUGGCCCCAUAAUAUGCAAGGCAAAAAUCUUUAUGCAAAGACUGUGGCUACUUAGACUAAAAUGGGAAGACAAGUUACCAGAUUCAAUCGCAACCGAAUGGCGUAAUUUUGUGAUAUCCUUAAAGGAGAUAGAAAAUAUUAAAGUGCAGCGUGACCUAGAAAAUGAAGACGGUGACACAUUAAAAUUACACGGUUUCGCAGAUGCUUCAGAAGCUGCUUACGGAGCAACUAUUUAUCUUCAGAGCAUUUCUGAAUCUCAUGAAGUGUCCUCGCAUCUAAUAUGUAGCAAAUCUCGGGUAGCUCCACUGAAGAAAAUGUCAAUUGCCCGUUUAGAACUCUCCGCUUGUCACCUACUCGCAGAAUUAACACAAAAAACCUUAAAAUCUUUGAAAAUGAAUAUCAAGGAAGUCAUCUUGUGGUCAGAUUCCACCAUUGCACUUGCGUGGAUCAAAACUCCUUCGCAUCAAUUAAAGACCUACGUUGGCAACAGAGUUUCUACCAUUCAACAACUUACUGAAGCCUACCAAUGGAAACAUGUAGCAUCCGAACAGAACCCUUCAGACUUGAUCUCACGCGGAGCAAGCAGCUCUCAACUCUCAUCUUUGUGGUUUAAGGGUCCAGAAUUUCUACUACAAGACAUGUUGGAAGAGAAAAUGACAGAAACCUCUACAAAUUAUCUAGACUCUAACACCUAUGAAAUUGAACUCAAAAGGGACAUUUGUUUGACAUUAACGAAAGACACUUCAUUUGCUAAGGGCCGAAGCAGCUCUAAGGGUCAGAUAAGUAUCCAAGAGUUGGAGCAGUCCACUAAAUUCUUGAUUAAAUCUGUUCAAGAAGUGGAAUUCACAGAAGAAAUAGAACUGCUGAAGAAAAACGAAUCAGUAGCUCGGAAAAGUAAACUUAAAUUUUUAAAUCCAUUUCUAGAUAAGGACUCAAUUCUUAGAGUGGGAGGUAGGUUAAAUAAUUCCAACUUAAAUUUUGAUCAUAAACAUCCAAUUAUUUUACCUAAGAGCCAUAAACUCACUUCAAUAAUUUUUGAAUAUUUCCAUAAAAAGUACUUACAUUUGGGUCCACAAUCAUUGCUGCAUCAUGUUCGCAUGCAAUAUUGGCCAAUUAAUGGUAAAAGUACUGCACGAAAGAUAGUUCAUGAAUGCAUUACGUGUUUCAAAAAUAAACCUGUUACUGCACAACAAAUUAUGGGUAAUCUUCCAUCUGAAAGAACCAACCCUAAUUUUACAUUUAAUGUUGCGGGAGUUGACUUUUGUGGUCCGUUUGAAAUUAAAUACAAGAACCAAAGAAAGGGAAUCUAUUCCAAAAUUUACUUAGCUUUAUUUAUUUGUUUGGCUACAAAAGCUAUUCACAUUGAAUUAGUCACAGAGCUGACUUCAGAAGCUUUCAUAGCUGCUCUAAAGCGUUUUUUUGCUCGCAGAGGGAAAAGUUCAACUAUUAUGUCAGAUAAUGCCACUAAUUUUAAAGGUGCAGAUUCGGAGUUAAAACGAUGGUUAUCACUUGUUAGUAAGCAAAAUAGCAGUUUUUCUAAUUAUUUAACUUCUGAAUCAGUAAUUUGGAAAUUCAUUCCUCCCAAUUCCCCAAAUUUUGGAGGUUUGUGGGAAGCUGGUGUUAAGUCGGUUAAAUACCAUUUGAAAAGAAAUUUAAACAAUGUUAGACUUACAAUAGAAGAAUUUUUGACUAUCGUUAUUCAAAUAGAAGGCAUAUUAAAUUCGCGUCCUUUAACUCCCUUGCCAUCAGAUUCUAAUGAAUACGAAGUUCUCACUCCAGGCCAUUUCUUAAUCGGUCGUCCAAUUAACGCAAUUCCAGAGCCACAAUUAAUUGAUACUAAUGAAAACCACUUGUCAAGAUGGCAAAAACUUACAAGGUACUCGCAAUUGAUAUGGAAAAGUUGGCAAAGAGAUUAUCUAAAUCAUCUCCAAAACCGUACUAAGUGGUGUUUCAAACAAGGUAAUAUUCCUAUUGGUACUAUGGUUCUUCUUAAAGAUGAUAAUUUACCCCCAGGUAAAUGGACCUUGGGCAGAAUUAUACAGACUACACCUGGUUCAGAUGGAAAUAUUAGGGUGGUCAAAGUAAAAACAUCAUCAAAUAUUUACACAAGAGGGAUAUCAAAGAUAUGUGUCCUGCCAGGACAAAAGGAGUGUUAA